AUGUCUGCGGUCAAAAAGGCACAAGAACUUCGCGCACUGAUCCGCAUGAUUUCGGAUGCUUCGGAGGUGGUGAUCAGUGAUUGGGAAUAUGCCGAGCGGGUGUCCCUAGGCAGGCAGACUUCCGGGACUGCUUCAUCACGUCCUUCCAGUGCCUCCUUGUACGAUGCACGACGCAUAAUUAGCGGCGCUUGUGGCAUGUGCGUUGAUCUCGUCGAGGAGCCCGAAAGCCGCUUAUCAGCCGUCGGAUUCUCGUUUUUUCUUUCCCGAGCAUUACAUGUCGCUGUCCGGGCACGCGUGGCCGAUGUCUUAGCCCGCGGAGAUCGACAGGGUGGUGUCUCUGUGGGGCUUAUUAGCAAAGAGGUAGGAAUCGACGAACAGAAACUCUCACGGAUUCUGCGGGCGUUGUGUACUGUGCACAUCUUUACCGAGGUCAAGGAUGGCUAUUUUGCAAACAGUUCUACUAGUCAACCUCUGGUUGGGAACGAGUUUCUACGAUGCUGGAUUCUUUUACACUCCGCAGAAGUAUAUACUGCAUCGGACAAAUUAGUACCGUUCUUGUUUGACCCUGUCAAGACCCAUUCGACUUCACCGACUAUCUCAGCAUGGCAAGAUGCUAUUGGGUCCAAUUUGACGUUAUGGGAAUACCUGGAGCAAAGCGUCAAGCAGUCCAAUGGCACGGUAAAGCCGCGAGCAGACUUAGAAAUCUACGCACUGGGUAUGAUAGGCGGCGGCCAUGCGUUCGCAUCUACAAUAUCAACUGAUUAUCCGUGGAAUUGUCUCGGUACCGGGACUCUCGUUGACGUAGGCGGAGGCGUUGGAGGAACGAGCCUCGAUCUAGCCAAACAGUUUCCUCAUCUACACUUCGUUGUCGAGGACCGCGAGCCGACCAUUGAGCAAGCCAAAGUUGUUUGGUCGCAGGAAUAUCCCGAAGCCAUCGGUAAUGGGCGGGUACGACUCCUGACCCACGAUUUCUUCACCGAACAGCCUAUCAGAGGUGCAAGGGUGUACUUUCUGCGGCAUAUCCUGCACGACUGGCCAGACGACGAAUGCGUGGCAAUCCUGUCCCAGCUACGGAAGGCUAUGUGCCCAGAGUCUAUUGUCCUGAUCGCCGACAAGGUGGUGCAUACGACUGCGGGCUCUUCACGGCUGAAGUCGGCACCCUGGCCGCUCCCGCCUAAUUACGGCUCCGCACACCAAUCGACUAACGUACACGAUCUCGUUAUGAUGGCGGUGCACAAUGGUAUGGAGCGGACACCGGAGAUGUUCAGCACGUUAGCCACCAGAGCGGGCUUGACGUUGACGAGGAUAUGGGAAUGCCAAAGUUCCAAUGCUCUGGUCGAGAUGAGGCUCCCAGGCGUACGGGGAGCCAUGGCAGCGUUGUAG